GGAGGAGGUUAGCCGAGGCAGCUACAGCGGCGGCGGCGCAGGGGCUGGUACGCGCUGGGCGGUGAGAGCCUCAUGGCGGAGGAAGAGAGCGACCAAGAGGCCGAACGCCUCGGAGAAGAGCUCGUGGCCAUUGUGGAGUCCCCGCCAGGCCCUGCGGGGUUUAGAGUUGCGGGCGACGUCCAAGGCGGCACUGGCGGCAGCAGCUGCAGUGGCGGCGUCGUCGGGAUCAGCAGUAGGGAUUACUGCCGACGCUUCUGUCAGGUGGUUGAAGAUUAUGCUGGAAGAUGGCAGGUCCCUUUGCCACAGCUUCAAGUUCUUCAGACUGCACUUUGCUGUUUUACAUCAGCCAGUGCAUCAUUCCCAGAUGAAUGUGAGCACGUACAAUACGUUUUGAGUAGCCUUGCUUUGAGUUUCUUUGAGUUGCUGCUGUUCUUUGGAAGAGAUGAAUUUUCUGAAGAGCCCUUAAAGGAUAUUCUUGGAUCAUUCCAGGAAUGCCAGAAUCACCUCCGCAGAUAUGGAAAUGUGAAUCUGGAACUGGUGACUCGAAUCAUUAGAGAUGGUGGCCCAUGGGAAGAUCCAGUGUUGCAAGCUGUUCUUAAAGCCCAGCCAGCAUCUCAGGAGAUAGUGAACAAAUACUUAAGUUCUGAAAAUCCACUAUUCUUUGAACUACGUGCCAGAUACCUAAUUGCUUGUGAACGCAUACCUGAAGCAAUGGCUCUUAUUAAAUCUUGUAUAAGUCACCCAGAAAUCAGUAAAGACUUAUACUUCCAUCAAGCACUCUUCACAUGUCUAUUUAUGUCACCUGUAGAAGAUCAGCUACUCCGGGAGCAUUUAUUGAAAACUGAUUGUAAGAGUGGAAUUGAUAUCAUCUGUAACACUGAAAAAGAAGGCAAGACUAUGUUAGCCUUACAACUCUGUGAAUCUUUUCUUAUUCCACAGCUCCAGAAUGGGGAUAUGUACUGUAUCUGGGAGUUGAUUUUCAUAUGGAGUAAACUUCAGCUUAAGUCUAAUCCUUCAAAACAAGUUUUUGUAGAUCAAUGCUACCAGCUUUUAAGAACAGCAACUAAUGUGAGAGUCAUAUUUCCUUUCAUGAAAAUCAUUAAAGAUGAGGUUGAAGAAGAAGGCUUACAAAUUUGUGUUGAAAUAUGUGGUUGUGCUCUACAACUGGACCUUCAUGAUGAUCCCCAAACUAAAUGUCUGAUUUAUAAAACAAUUGCACAUUUUUUGCCAAAUGAUUUGGAAAUCCUCAGGAUUUGUGCACUCUCAAUAUUUUUUCUUGAGCGUUCCUUGGAAGCUUACCAUAUUGUUGAAGAGCUUUACAAACGUCCAGAUGAAGAGUAUAAUGAAGGCACCAGUAGUGUUCAAAAUCGUGUUCGUUUUGAAUUACUUCCAAUUUUGAAAAAGGGAUUGUUUUUUGAUCCUGAAUUCUGGAACUUUGUAAUGAUAAAGAAAAACUGUGUAGCAUUACUGAGUGAUAAAUCAGCGGUUAGAUUUCUAAAUGAAAGUACACUGGAAAAUUCUACACGUAAUCUGAAAAGGGCUGUAGAACAGCAGGGUUUAGAUGAAGGGCUUGACUCUCUUACAGAUCAGAGUACUGGAGAGCUUGAUCCUGAUGACAUAUCUGGAAUGCAACCUAAAGGUCAUAGUCAUACAAAGAAAAACCUUUCCGCUCCGAAUGCUUCCAAAGUAGACCACAACGUCCCAAGGCAUCGGUGUGUGUUAUGUAACAAGGAAUUCCUAGGUGGUCACAUUGUAAGGCAUGCUCAGGCUCAUCAGAAAAAGGGCAGUUUUUCAUGUGUAAUAUGUGGUAGGAAAUUUAGAAACAGAGGACUUAUGCAGAAGCAUUUAAAGAAUCAUGUUAAGAAAAUACAGAGACAGCAGAUUGCUGCAGCUCAACAGGACGAUCAGGAAAUCCCUGCUUUGGAAGAAAUAAAUUGUUCGGAUUCUUUCAUUUCAUUUGAAAAUGGGAAUUCUGAUAAGGAUUUGGAAGUACAGGCUAUUGAUGUUUGCAGUGAUGGAAACAAAGAAGUCAUCCCUGCACAUGUGGCUGAAUUCACUGAAAUUCCCGUAAGUGUAUCGGGAGAUGUUACUGAAAACGUUAUUGAAAAUGGCAGUCCUGAUACUUCUUUAAAUAAUGUAUUGGAGCCUUUACCUCUAUGUGAGGAUGACUAUGAGGAGGAAGAGGAUGAAGAAGGUGAUUAUGAAGAAGAUGAUUAUGACCUGAAUCAGGAAACAUCAGUGCUUCAUAAAAUCAAUGGAACUGUGUGCCAUCCCAAAGACAUAUAUGCUACAGAUCAAGAAGGAAACUUUAAGUGCCCUGCUCUUGGCUGUGUCAGAAUAUUUAAAAGAAUUGGAUUUCUAAAUAAACAUGCAAGGACUGUUCAUCCAACUGACUUAAAUGUGCGGCAGACAGUAAUGAAGUGGAGCAAGGGAAAAUGCAAAUUCUGUCAAAGGCAGUUUGAAGAUUCUCAGCAUUUUAUAGAUCACCUUAAUAGACACAGCUAUCCAAAUGUGUACUUUUGUUUGCAUUUUAAUUGCAAUGAGUCAUUUAAGCUGCCAUUCCAGCUUGCUCAGCACACAAAAAGUCACAGGAUAUUUCAAGCUCAGUGUAGUUUUCCAGAAUGCCAUGAGCUUUUCGAAGAUCUUCCUCUGCUAUAUGAACAUGAAGCCCAGCACUAUUUAAGUAAAACACCAGAAUUAUCUGCACAACCAAGUGAAGCAAUUCUUUGGGAUGUUCUUACAGACUCAAAUCCUAAUCAUCAGGAAAAAGACUCAUCAAGUAAUGAGAAACAAGCUGUUAGUCUGCCAGUUUCUACUAGCAAAUCAAAAAAAGAUUCUACAGAACCAAAGACGUGUAUAGAAAGUAUGGAAAAGAAAACAGACAGUUUAGUUCAGAAUGGAAAUGAACAUUCUGAUGACACUGUUUCUGAUACAAGCUUGACAGACCAAAAGAUGCCUGACAUAGAGCCAAAUUCUGAAAAUACUUGUAGUAUUAGUGAUUUAGUCAAUGGACAUAGUGGAAUAGAGCAGUCACCUUUAGUUUCAUCUGAUCCUGCUUUGAAAAUUGAUACAAAUAGAAUCAGGACAGAAAACGGUUCCAUUUUACCCAGUGUUGUAUCACAAGAACACAGUACCCUGCCAGUAUCUCAGGCACCUUCCAAACCAAAUCCGACGAAUGAACAUACUUCAUAUGGCUUAAUUUUAUCAAAGCCAUAUGUCAGACCAUUGCCUCCCAGUUACCUUGAUGAACGGUACCUCAGUAUGCCAAAACGCAGAAAAUUUCUGACUGAUAGAAUAGAUCCCUGUUCUGAUCAAGAUAACGUUUGUAAAAAAUCAAUGAAAAGAUUAAGAUGUGGUAAAUGCCUGACAACCUACUGUAAUGCAGAAGCACUUGAGGCUCACCUUGCACAAAAGAAAUGUCAGACACUCUUUGGAUUUGAUUCAGAUGAUGAAAGUGCCUGAUAAAAACGUUUCAGAAAGAUCUGUCGAUCAAGCAGUAGUGUGAAAAAACACUACAAGAAACGCAUCUUCAGUUUGCUAUGUCCCUGAUGGCCUUAAUUUUAGAGCGGUCUCGGAUUACUAAAGAUGAAGACAAAGCACAUUGUCUAGAAUGAACUCACAGAGGGGAUGUGCUGGUUUAGAUUCAAAAAGGGUUAUUAGAAAACUCCCAAAGUACCAGUUAUCCAGAAAACCAGUUUUAAAUAAGUUCACGAUGAUUGAUAGCAGCAUGUUCAGUUUUGCUUAUGUGAGAAACAUGUUCAGGCAACUUAGAAAGAAACCAGCUAUGGCCUUACAGAAAGGGAAGUUAAUCCAUUAUUUAAAAAGGGAGAGGGAUUGGUGUAUCAAUAAACAAGUAUUUUAUGGGAUUUGUUUUCUUGUCAUGCAUAAUCAGAUUAUGUCCUCCCUUUUGGUUAAACAUCGUUUAAGGAAUAACUACUAUUUGGUUUAUUAUAAUUUGGAAACUGAUACAUGAAAAUAUAACUUGACUUAUCACCAAUAUUAUCCAUAAAAGAUUGUAACUUGUUUCCAGAUAGACAGGUCAAAGUUCAAUGAAUGGCAUGCCAGCAUUGAAAAUUAAACAAAACAAAACUGCUUAGAUGGAACCUUCCACUUGCCAUUUUUGUAAUACCAAUGAGUUAUAUUUAAAAGACAGCAAUGUCAAUUAAAUAGAAAAAGUACCAUCAGUAACUCUGGGAAGAGAUGGGAGGAAUCUAAGACCAUUAAAGGCUAUCUAGUUGAAGGAAAACACUGAAUUGCAAAUUCCUCAAUGUGAAUAAUGGUAUAAGCACACUGGGAUAUUUCUAUUUGUAUAUAGAGUAGUGUUAGGACAUUGCUUGAUGAUUCAUAGUAAGGUCCUUUAGACAUUAAUGUGAGUUAUCUAAGUAUCGUCCUAUGAAAAUAACUGGCUAUAAAAAAAUAUGUAAGCUAAGAAUCAGGUCAAGACUUCAUUGGUUUUAUUCAAUUAGAGUUAAUUAUAAAAAUAAGCCAUACUUCUCAUGCUUUCUUAUUUAUUAGUGAUGAAUUUGGUCUGAAUAGUAAUUUUUUUAUAUAUGAAAGGAAAUAUUUACCAAAAAUUUGCACAAGAACACAAUAAGAUAUAUUGAUGCAUUUAUUUUCCUUGAGGACCAGUAAUUUUCCUAAGAUUGUAACUUAAUACUCAAUAAAUUGUUAAAACAAAAAAUGUUUUUUAAAAUACCCUCUCAGAUGUGUUCCACUUGUACAUUCUUUAAAAGAGGAAGCUUAAAGAUCUCCUUUUACCUAAUAGCGUGUUAAUCUAUAGCAGGGAAAAAAAUGAACAAAAAUGCAAAAGCAAAUUCUUCAAAAACUGAGCUACCAAUGUACCAAUGUCAACCAAAUAUUCCAGUUAUUCCAACUAACACAUUUUUGUUCAAAGCAGAUAAUCUCAUCAGGCACUACUAUUAUAAAUUUUUGGAUAUUAAAGCUUCUUGAAUGAAGUUACCAAGAAAGUGGGACAUUUCUACUAGGGUAGCAUCCAGACUUUAUUAAAUUAGGACUUCUAGGUCAUGACAGAUCAGACAUCUGAAAAUAAUUUUCCCAGUCUUAUGAGUUUGUCAUUGGCAUUCACUACUAUGCAAUUGAUAGUCAUAAAUCCAUUCCAAUCAAAUUCAGUUUUGCUUUUUUUUUUUUUUUAUGUAGCCUACAUUAGGCUGUGGAAUUUACAUUUAAAUAACUUAAGUAAACACAAUUAGAUUUUUCAGUUCUUUGUCAGCUUAAAAAUAAAUGUCUCCAUACUUCCUUAUACUAAAAAUAUAAUACUUGAGUUCUGUUUCAGUUCAGUCUAAAAUAUGGAAUAAAAAGUCUGUUUGGAAACUAGUUCACUUGGACAAUGACUUGUUUUGAAAUAUAAUUUCUGCUUUGUACAUUUUCCAGAAGUUUAAAAUUAUAACUUAACAUUCUAUCACAUUUUUAACUUUAUUUUUUGUAAGAUAUAACUAUCAACAUAAAUCCAUGUCUGCAAAUUAUUUUUAUUCAUUUUGCAGUUCAUACCAAGAUGUUUUAAACAUACUCCACUUGUUAUUUUUUUGUUUUUAACUUGAGGUUUUAGUUCUACUUUUGUGUUGCUAAGAGAAAACUAUUUCUGAAAGACUGAGAUCAAAUCAGUUUAUACAUAAUAAGUAAAGGAAUGUUUUAUAAAAUUCUAUUUGACCACACUGUUCUAACCUAUUUGUAUACUUUUCAAAUAAUUGCUAUUGAAAGAGUGUACAUUUUAUGUAUGUUUUAUAGAACAUAAACUUACAUCAGUUUGCUUUUAGAGGGUGCAUAAAGUUCCAACCGUUCUAAUUUGGGAUUCAGAGGAAAAGAAAGCUUUCUUAUUCUUCAGAUUCUUCUCUUUUUCUUUCUACUCCUAUUUUGAGGAUGUGUGUAUUUUACAUGGACCAAGUUUCAAUCCUUUGUUUUUAAAUAAUUUCCUUCAAAACAGUAAAUAUUAACUUUCUGCUGUUUCAAUAAGGUCAAGAAAAUAAAUCUAAAUUUUUGCUGCUCAGAUAUUAUGGGGGAGGUAGAAAAGGAAUCUCCGUGGACGAGGACACUGGUACUUUGGGCUUUAGCCAUAUUCCUUUUUUAAAAACCAUCAAUUAUAUAAUGAGUAGAUAAUUUAUAACAUUGAACUUGUGAUUCUUCUCAAAUCACUUGAAGGUUCGGCCCUACUCCUUUCAUGUUUGGUUUAAACAGUUGUAUGGAUGAAAAACCUAAAAGGGAUGAUAGUGUUUAUUUUUUAAUUUAUUUGGUACUGUAAAACACCUUUUCAGAAUGACUAAAUGCUGCAUAUGCAUUUUGGAAUUGUUAAUAUGUGAAAGAUUAGAUUCAGCAAGAAAGGAAAUUUGUGCUUCCUUGUUGAACAUUAAAUUAUUUUACUUUGCAUUUUAUAAGAGUACAAAUUAAAACUGAGCCAUUGAACUGCAAUAAAUCAACAAUAGUGUCUCAUUUCAAGAAAUUUUUUGUACUGUACAUAGAUUUGUUCAAUAAAAUGUCCUUGUUGGUAA